UCAUGGCUGCGCUCGUGGUGGUGGGGGUGGCCUAUCUGAUCGUGGGCCACCUCCUGCGGGACAUUGCUCACGAUCUUGUGGCCUGGCUGUUCGGACCCAGCCGCAGGAAGCACGCCAGGGAGUCAAACCGGCCACGGUUCUGUGCGGCGUCAUCGCCGCGCCGAGCGAGCCGCGUGGACUCUGCGUGUCUGGUGUCUGUCCUCCUGGAGGAGCGGCUCGCCGAGCCGGACCCCGAGCCAGACCCCGCCGAGGCUCCGCAGGUGCUCGCCAACGGCCACAGGGGAGGUCGCGGGCGGUCGAGGUCGGGGCUGGAAUCUGGAGCCGGGAGCCCUGGCGGUGCGGGCAGCCACGGGUCACGGCACCUACCCACGUGACCGGUCCCGGCGUCAACGCGAGACACCAGCGAGAUAUGGACUCGAGGUCGCAGCACAACAACAACAGCAACAACAACAACAACAGAAACCACGUCCCUUAUUUACCCAGGAAAGCGCCCCCCCCCCCGCCUUCCCCACGAAUCGCA